AUGGAGAAGGUCGCGGCGACGCUGCUGCGCUUCCCGCCUGAGGGCCAAGAGAUCGAGUCGCUGUCCGACGACGUCUACGACCAGCAGAUCAAGAUCCAUGCCGGUCGCAUCCAAAACCUCUUCAAGGAACAUGUCAACAUUAUUGCCGCCCACGCCACAGAGCUCCUCGACAGCUUAGAUCCCGCCGUCCACACCUACUCCUACCUAGCCCUCCUCGACACCAUAAUACCGACCGAGUUCGCCCUCUACGCGUCCGUCCAGCCCGUCGUCGCCAACAAGAUUGCCGCCCUGCUGACGGCCUUUGACCCGCGGCAGGUCCGCUACAUUGGCUCGGCCUUUACACACGUCUUUACCGCCGUCGGUUCGGGCAAGAUCAUUCCGGCACCACUUGCUGUCGAACUGCUCGCACAUGCGCUCGCCUCCAUCGAUCCCUCCGGCCGCAUGCUGACAUCCAACCACUUGGUCCUCGCCAAGCUUGCCUACCACACAAACAAUGCCGCCGUCGCCCUUCCCGUCCUCAGCAGGGACAUUGUCUUCUUCCCGGGCAUGGCCGCCGCCCACCGCGACGGCGAGCGCCUCUCCAGCCGCACCCUCGCGCCACCGUCGUACAUCUCCAAGGACACAGGACUCACCCUGCCCUUGAAGAGCACCCAGGUCCUCGAGUUUGACUUUGUCCUCGGCCUCCUCCAUCUGUCGGUUCGGGCCUGGGCCCCCGCGCACGCCGCCUUUGCCCGCGUCGUGUCCCACCCCACCCGCGACAACGGCGCCUCCUUGAUCAUGGUCGACGCCCACAAGUUCUGGGUCCUGACGGGCCUGCUCCUCUUUGGUCAUGUCGCCAACUGCCCGCCCCAGACCUCCGCGUCCGCCAGCCGCAUUUGCGCCUCCAUCAACAAACUGUACGGCCACAUCGCCAACGCCUUCCAAAUUGCCAGCGCGGAGACCCUGCAGCUCGAGGUGGCCAUGGGCCACGACACCCUGGCGAGCGACAACACGCUCAGCCUGGCCACCGAGGUCGUGGCCGCGCACCCCAAGUGGCAGAUUGCGCACCUGCGCCGCAUCUACACAACCAUCAGCGUGGCCGCCAUCUGCGAGAAGCUACGGAACCCCGCGCCAGGAAAGAGUGCAAAUGCCGCCGCCGCCCGCGUCCCUAACCCUGACAUGGUGGACGACGCCGCGGCGCUCAGCGAAGCCGACGUCACGGCGCUGAUCCGGGACAUGAUCGAGUCGGGGAUGAUCAAAGCGGCGCUGAGGCAAGCAGAGCCAACAACAGCAACAGAUUCAUCAUCCAAAACAACAGCAGCAGCAUCCUCAGCAGUAGACGACGUGGACGGGACCCAAAACCAGCGCGAGGGUGGCGCAUACCUCGAGUUCCUGCCCGAGGCAGAAGACAUGACCGAGGCCGAGUUUGGCCAGCGGAUCGGGGUGAUCGAGGCCCGGAUCCAGGCGCUCAAGCCGUUGCACGCGGCCACCGAGGAGCACCUGACCUUGAACCGCGACUACAUUCGGCAGCACAUUCGCGACGCUCUGCGGGAGAAGGACCGUGCCGCCGCCGGCGACGACGACAGCAUGGGUGGCAUGCUCAACUACGAUGUGGACCCGGACGAAGACCUGAUGAUGGACGGGCCGGAGCCUGCAGAUCAUUGA